GGGGAAGGCGGGACUUCUGGUGCGGAUGUGAAAGGUCACUUUGAAACCAGCAUGGUCGGUGCGGACGGGGGACUGGCUUCUCGUUAGCAACCCGAGAUUCAAAUUCCUUUACCCAUGGAGUCAGCCAAAACAGGGGAACCUUCCCUGCGCCACGUGGAGAAAGAUGUUCUGAUUCCCAAGAUGAUGAGGGAGAAGGCGAAGGAGUACUGUUCAGAAAAAGUCGACGCCAUACAGAAGAUGAAUUUAAAACAAGCCUUUAGCCAGUGCUGCAAGAAGAGUGGCUUUCUCAUGGUCCUGAAGUGUCGCGAGGAGAACUCGGCGCUGAAGGAGUGCCUAACGGCUUACUAUAAAGAUCCAGCAUUUUAUGAAGAAUGCAAACAGGAGUAUUUGAAAGAAAAAGAGGAUUUUCAAAGGACUGGAAUUUCUGCUAAAAACAGAAAACAGAAGCUUCCCACAAGUAUGUAGGUCUUAGGUUUGCUGGGAGGUUUGUAGUCACAAACAGUAGGUGGGUUUGGAAUUGAGAGGAGAAUCUAGUGGUAAUGGUCUUCAAAUGUAUUCCUGUAGCCUGGAUUUCUUUCUUUAAAUUUUUCUAAAUUUAAAAUUUUCUGUCUGUCUUUUCAUUUGGAUCCUAGGCCUGAUUUGAGCUGAUAAAGUUAUUUAUGGUCUGGACUUUAAAACCUCUGGGUUGGGCAUCCUUUCUCACUUGUCUGUAAAACACUUUGCAUCCAUUUUUAUUUCUAGAACUAAACUGAACAAUAUGAACCAUACCUAUAAAAUGUUUUCUGUUGUAUUUAUCUUAAAUCAUUUGUGUUUUUAUUCUGAAGAAGGAAACAGCACAUUGACAUUCUCACAAGCAUAUUUCAGAAUUAGGUCAUUUUGGAGAAAUUUAUAUUCAUAUAUAUUCAUCUCUAACACAUUUUUCUUUUUAAAAAAUGCUGCAGAUUCAUAUGCUGGAAAAUACUUUAUAAAUAUGGGCAAAGAUCAGUAAUAAAAUAUAAUAUAUUUGUAAGGAAUGUUUCUGUUCCUUACUGCCAAGUAGAUUACCCUACAUCAAAAAAGCAUUGUUUUCAAGCAGUGUUGCAGAAUCACACUGUGCUUGAAAUGUCUGUGACUUAUCAAGGGGAAAGAUGUAGGAAACCGUUGGCUGGAAUAUUUAAAAGAAAAGAAGAAGAAACACGCCAUCAAGUUCAAAUAAACAUGUCUACUUUUUUCAUUUUAGAAACCUAAGCCUCGCCUUGUAAGUGUGUUUUAUCAGAGCGAACAUUUUGGAAGUAUAAAUUAAUUUCACCCCAGCUAAAGUGAUAAUUAACUUUUCAGGACAAUUAAAAGCUUUGCAUCAAAGAGUAGAGGGUGCUGAUGUGCUAAUUACUUAAAAACACAAGGAAAAAGUAAACUUUGAUGUAGCCUUAGGUUUAUUAAUAGAAUCUUGGCCCUUUUAUUAAGCUUUUACAUCUUUUCAUUAUGGGAAAUUAUACAUUAAGAUAAUUUCUCAAUCACUUAGCAAUUUCUCUGCCAUCGAAAAUAACAUGUAAAGAUUGUGACUUUAUUUCUGAGGCUAAAUUGAAGUCCUGACGUGUGCUGGUGUGGUUCAGUAUGCAGUGGCACAGAAGGAGAAUAAGACAGUUAGAGACCUAGUUCGCUGAGGGAAUGGGGAGAAUAACAGAAGGCCUGUGUGUGACCCAGAGCCCAAAAGAAUUGCAAACCGAAUGGACACAUGGACAAAAACGAACUGAUACAGUUCACAAAGAACCGUGCGCGAGGAGGGGAAGCCGGCACAUAAAAUCUGUACCCGUCAAGGUGUAUAUAAUUAAAAAUGAAGCUGUAAAUAUUCGUACAAAAUCAUACGACAGUUAGCACAUAGGGAGUUAUGGCUCUGUAAUUAAUUGUGUGUCAGAUUUUCAUCAUGAACAAUUUAUUAUACAAUGAGAUAUGGUGUUACUUUGCACAUGAAACGUGAAAUUUUGGCUGGGUUUUUGGAAAUUGUAGGCAUCCUCAAGCUUGUGGAGAUCAGUGCGUAUUUGCUUGGAAUCUUCUUAGUCUUUACAUCAAGAGUCUUGAAUUUCUGUAAGAGAGAUGGUAUAGAGACCUUGACACUGGACAAAUCAACAAAACCGCUAAUCUGAUUUUGCUCUUUGUGCUUCUGAGAUGAUAAAACUAUACAUCAGUACAGAUGAAAGUUUAUUAUAGUGAACAAAAACACUUACAGUAGGAGUGUCUUUUUAAAAUGGACACACAGAAGCGUGUUAAUGUGGUGCGGUAACCUUUGUGCAUUUGAGAAGAAAAGAUCAAUAAAAAGGAUAAGAGAAUGAUUCUGA